GCAAAAAGAUCGCCCACCUCCUCCUUCCUCUCUAUCUUGCGGCCCUUUCUAUGAGCCACCCAUAGAAACCGGACGUUUGGCGUAACCCACAAAUGUGUCUCCGUCGGGUUGACUGGCGCAUGCGUCCGCGGGAGCCCGUCUUUCUUUAUGCCUGCGGUUAAGGAACAUCCGGGUCGCCGUUGGAUCGUAUCGGUGGCGCGCUGCGGGUUCGAGGCGCGAGGGCUGCCUGAGGGGCAGCUCCAGGCGAGACUUAUGGCGGCGGCGCUGCUCGCUCGCAUGUUGGCGUCCGUGUCCGUGUCCGGGCCGCACUGCGCUCUCAGAUGCGGUGUCACUUGUUCACUGGAAAAAUGUUUUUUAAAAUAUAUUAGUUCUGACAGUUGUCCAAAGCGUCCUCUGACACCAUACCUUCAUUUCCUUAAGGAUCAACGUCAUAUUUACCAGAAAAAAUUUCCGGAACUGAACAGUCAGCAGAUUACAAAGCAGUUGGGGCAUCUCUGGAGGGAGUUACCAGAGUCUGAAAAACAACAUUAUGAAGCAAUUUCAAAAGCUGAAUGGGAUAUAUUUAGAGAACAAAUGGCCAAAUAUAAAUCUGAGCUAAGUCCUGUGCAGGAGGAAGCUUUGAAAGAGGAAAAAAAGAUGAAAAAGCAAGUAAGAAAAGAAGCAAAAAUAAAGAAGGAAUUAGUAGCACUUGGAAAACCAAAAAGAAGUCGUAACGCUUUCAACAUUUUUUUUUCUGAAAAUUUCCAAGAAGCUAAAGGCACCUCAAAUAAGGAAAAGUUGACAGCUUUAUCUGAAGAAUGGAAAAACCUGCCCAGUUCUCAAAAGCAGAUCUACUGUCAGCUUGCAGAAGAUGAUAAAAUUCGCUAUGAUAAUGAACAGAGAUCAUGGGAACAGCAAAUGAAAGAAGCUGGACGUGAGGAUGUUCUAAAUUUUAAAAUCACAAGAAGGCGAACACGAAGAAAAACUGUAACAGAACCUUUAAUCGGAAAAUAAAUACUUCAAAAACAAUAUUGUCUCAUCAGCAAUGAAGAAAACUGGUGCAAGGGUAAAGCAGUCUGAGGAGUAAUUUUAAAAAUGUCUUAUUCAUUAUUCCUGACUGCAAGUGAAAAGCAUUUGUCAUUUAUUGAGGGUUAUUCCCCAUAUAUAUGAGUAUUUUACUUUUUUGUAAACAGCAUUUAUAAUAAAUCAGGUUUGUGGAAAUUUAAGUGAUUGCUAAUCAUGAGAGAGUAGGUUGUGUUUUUUUCUCAAAAAUGUCUAAGUAAUCAUUGACUAGUUUUUUUUAAUUAAAAGACCCUGAUCUACAAA